UUGGCUACAUGGGAUUCUGUCCAUGGCCUGAAUGGAAGUCUAAAGGAGAGCCGUAUCGAGAAUGGCAUGCAGGGGGUUACGGUUAAAGUUGUGACGUUAUUGGAGGAUCCAUUUGUGAUGGUGGCAGAGAACAUCCUCGGACAACCCAAAAGAUAUAAAGGCUUCUCAAUUGAUGUCCUGGAUGCCUUGGCCAAGAUCCUAGGAUUCAAGUAUGAUAUCUACCAGGUGGCAGACAGCAAAUAUGGUUCUCAGCUCCCCAAUGGCUCUUGGAAUGGCAUGAUUGGGGAACUCAUAAACAAGCGAGCUGAUUUGGCAGUGUCUGCCAUAACUAUAACACCAGAGCGAGAGAACGUAGUGGACUUCAGCAAGCGCUACAUGGACUACUCUGUAGGGAUCCUACAUCGCAAACCCGAGGAGAAGAUCAACAUUUUUUCUUUGUUUGCCCCUUUUGACUUGGCUGUGUGGGCCUGUAUCGCAGCUGCCAUUCCUGUGGUGGGCGUUCUGAUCUUCCUGCUGACACGGAUGCAGAUGCUCCGCUCCCAGAAUCCUCCAGGAGCCCAUCACACUUCAUCCAUGUCUAACUCGUUGCAUAGUGCUAUAUGGAUUGUCUACGGAGCUUUUGUACAACAAGGUGGAGAUUCAGUGGUGGGGUCUGUGGCAUUGAGGAUAGUCAUGGGCAGUUGGUGGUUGUUCACAUUAAUUGUGUGUUCAUCUUACACUGCUAACCUGGCUGCGUUCCUAACUGUGUCCCGCAUGGACAACACUAUAAG